AUGCUUUUACAGGGUAGUAGUCAACUGCUUCUAACUGAUGUUGUUCAUGCAGUAGCCUCAAAAUUAAUGAACUUUAUCUCCCAUUAUAAUACAGGUGGCCUUGGUGGCUUUAUGGGGUUUAAUCAGCCUAAAGAGCAGAAACCGCAGCCGAAAAUUGAACCAGCUACAAUACUGCCAUUAAGAUUUGGACUCUAUGAUAAAAGACGUCAAGGGAUUUCAAUGUCUCUAUCACCAAAUAAGUGCUUAGCUGCAAUUACUGACGCCUUUGGCCGUGUCAUUUUAUUUGAUAUAUUUAAAGGAGUUGCAGUAAGAAUGUGGAAAGGUUAUCGAGAUGCCCAGUGUGGUUGGGUUGAGGUAGAAGACGCCAUUGUUAAAGAUGCUAAACAUGAUCGUGAAAAAAAGAGAAGAGUUUUUUUCCUUGUUAUCUAUGCUCCUAGACGAGGUAUAUUAGAGGUGUGGUGUACCCAGCAAGGGCCUAGAGUUGCAGCAUUUAAUGUUGGAAAAACUGGCAGAUUAUAUUGUCCCGGUUAUGCAAUGGUUGGUGGAAGUGUCUUAAGUUCUAAUCUUGCCAAAGAUCACUUAUGUUCCUGUUACUUUCUUGAUGUUGAUGGUGUUAUGAAGAAAAUUAUUGUGCCUUUCCAUUUAGUACUGAGUGAAAAAAAUAGUAGGCGUGCUCGUGAUUUGCACCUACUGAGAGAAUUGAAGCUGACACUUAAAAAUGUAACUAAAGGUAAAUCUUUUGAAAUUAUCAAAAUUCUUCAUGACAUGAGAACAUCCUGUACUCGUAUUCAAGCAUUGGAAAACAUUUUGAGCAGUAGGUACUCAACUGUAGAAUUAGUUGAAGAAGUUGCUCUAUCCUUACUUGGUCAUCUACGUAAGCAAGAUCCAUUGCAUAUUGACCAUGAAGCCAAACUUCUGCAACAAAGUUGCGUAAGAACGCUGCAGCUACUGAAACUUUAUAAUGCUGUUAGUAGAAUCAACACUAAACCAGAGGCUACAUCACCAGGAGAUCCCAUGAUAGAUGUGCAGGCAUAUUCUACUAGUCUUUGUAUAUCUGAAACUGAAGUGGGCAGGAUUUUGUCGUUAGUUACGCUACACCAAACUGUUGUGCCGGUACUAAAACGUCAAGUACGUUUCACUGAUGACAAUGCAACUGAAAUGUCUUUUCCAGACUUUGUCACAUGUUUUGUAGUCAACGACAGCCAUCUAAUCAAAUCUGGCGAAGAGAUAGUUCUUCAAAAUUUGUCUGUAGAUCUAAGUGGAAAUAUUUCUGGGAAACAAGUAGAACAGUUAGGUGGAUUCUUGUUUCAUUCUUCCAUUCAUGUUGGAUCCUGUUUCAGUACUCUUCAAGUUGCUCUGAAAGAAAGUGGAGUUAUACCUGAAAAGUUGUUGCUGCUGCUGCUUAAACAUUGGGUGUCUGAUGCUGGAUUUUGCUCAACUGCUGAUAAAUGGAUUAAUUUGCAGCAAGUUAUGAAACAUAUAAGCACACUAAGUGAUCCUAAAUUAGUGAGCUCAGAUGCCGAACAUGUCUCCCCCUGGUGGUCUUCUGUUCGAGAGACAUUACACAAAGCCACUGGAAAUGUUGCAGCCUACAUUGGUGCAGUUGUUGCUCGCUCAGUUUCUGUCAUCAUGGCUAAUUCAUUUAGUGUAGAGCAUAAGAAGACUGGAAAUGGAAAAAAGAACAAUGGUGAAAAAGAACACGAUGAAAGUGGCGAUAGUGACUGGGAGUCUGUUUCCCUCGAUUUAGAACAUUGGAACUUACUGGUUAAGCAGCUAGAAGAUGUUCUGAUGCUAAAUAUACUGCUAAAGAGUCAACCCUAUGGGAAGGCAGUUGUUAAAGAUGUUAAUAUAUCAAUUGAAACAAUUUUGAAUGGUGGCCAAGGUUCUGUGACUGAUCUCGUGGCUGUAUGGGCUGUUUCUGUCGGGUUAGAACCAGAAGUUCUAUCAUCAUUCAUAUCCGUGAGCAGCAGUGAAGAAGUACCUUCACUACAGAAAUUUUUAGAAGAUAAAUCAGAAUCUAGAUCUUUGAACAUUGUGAAAGGACUUUUGAGUGAAGUGCGAAGGAAAUUUCCUCACAGUUUAAACCAUGAUGCAUUAUUAGCAAAUUAUUGCUGGGAACAUAUGAUGCAGUGGAGCAAGAAUAAAGAAACUGUUGUUCAUCUUGAAAAGUCUCUUAGUGCAUUGAACUUAGUUAAAAGUUCUGUAAUAAAAAAUGGUUUUGCUUCAAUGAUGUGGAAAACUUGCAUAUUAAAAACCUUCGAAGCUCUUGCAUUACUCAUGGACAAAGUAGGUAAAACUCCAAAAGAAAGACUUUGUAGAAAGGAUUUGGAAAUGAGUGAUGCCCAUUUAGAAAAUUUCUUACAAUUUUGUUGCCAAUUGUUGAAUAUUAUUUUUGAAACGAACAUACCUUCUGAAGUUGAAGAAGUACCAAUUUUUCCUGUUGAAGCAAUUUGGCAAGGUCACGAAAAUGCAGGCCGCACACCUUUAAUCACUAUGGCUUUAAGUCAGAAAGCUACUAACAACCGUCAAGUUUAUGUCCAUCUAAUGCUUGCUACAGUUCUUCACUUCAUUAUCGUGUUUCAAAUGAAAAGCGUCAAACCUCUUAGUUUGUUCAGCAUUUUGACUAAAAAAGCACUUUUUCGAGAUCUCCAUCACACAAUCCAAGAACUGACGGAGAAAGACGAUCAGAGUUUACGAGCUUCCAGGAUCCAGUUCCUGCUUCGUGCAGCCACUGCUGUUGCUCAAACGCUACCCGAAACGUUACCCGAUUGUGUUGCUGUAGAAAAUAACAAUUGUGUGGAUUCAACAAACCAAAUGGACUACUGUGUUGCCAGCAAAAGAUUCAAUGACAUCUUGGAUUUAGCUAGAGGAUGGGAACUAGAAUUAGAUGAUAUUCGUCGCCAUUAUGUUUGUGAGUUAUAUUCUGGUGGACAGGAUCUCUUAGCUCAAGAGAUAUUGUCUGCUGUGACGGAUAAAGAACAUUUGGCAUCACAGUUACUUUUAUUAGCGGGCCAAAGAAUACAUAAAAUUAUUUUUGACAGCAGUGAUCCUACAAGCAAACUUGGCUGUUUAACUCCAGAUGUAACUGCCUUCUUGAAGAAACUGGGUGAUACUACUCUUCGAUGCAACAAUGUCCCCUUAGAUUUAACUUUAGUUCUACUGGACCAGGUACUAGUGUACAUGCCGGAAAAUAGCAGAGAACAAAAGUUGGCAAUAGCUAUGAAACAGGCUCUAUUGACUUUGGUUCACAAAGACGUGAAGUGUUCUUGAUAGUAAGAUGAAACUGUUGUUCCUGAUGUUUUAGAAGUCCAAAGAUAGCUUAAUGCAUAUUAUCUUCGUAACUGAGGUGACGUUUGUGUAUGAGGUUGAAUUUCUCUUGUCUGAAAUAAUUCAAAAUUAAUGCACGGGAGCAUCAGUACUUUGAAAUAUGAUAAAAUAUUUAAUCAUUCGGAGUAACUUUGAGCCACAAGUGAUGCAUGUUCAACAAUUAAGCUUAAAUAAUAGAGAAAAAAUACUGUGAAAUUUCUCAGCAAAAUAAUGAUUCUUAAAUUUCGUUAACAACAAAUCUUUAAAUCUGAAACAAAUUUAACGUAACCCUCCAUUAUUAUCAUCUGCUGGCAGUCCAAAAAAAAAAGAUCAAAGAAAAAAAAGAUGAUCAAAAAAAAUAUAUUAAUUUGAAUUUUUGGCAUCUUGAAUUCAAAUUAUGUUUUUUGCAAUCACGAGCGUGUGUGUAUGCGUGUGUGUUUGUAGGCGCAUGUGUGUGGGUGCAUGUGUGUGUGUGUGUAUGCAUGUGUGUGAGUGUUGUGUAUGCAGUGCUGUGCGUGUAGGCAUUCGUGUGUGUGUAUGUAGGCAUGUGUGUUUGUGUCUGUGUGCAGGCAUGAGUGUGUGUGUAGUUGUGUAUGUAUGCGCGUGUGUGUAGGACAUGGAUGCAACCUGGAGACGGCUUUCGCUAUAGGAACAGCAUCGUGAGGAGCCGGUCGACGGUGAUGCUGCAGAGGGUGAUGGCAGGAAAAUAACAUCAGCGUAACGCCAAAAACAGUCAAAUGAGAACAAUAAGCAAUCGUGAUUGCUCAAAGAAAAAAAAAAUCGAAAAUUGAAAAUUUUACUUUAAAGCAAAAAGCAAGAAUUGUAUUUGUUCACAGUCAAGAAAAAAAAUGGCAGAUUAAAAAUGAUAUCGUGGCUUUUCGUGGAUGUUGUUUUUGGAAUUUCAGACCAAAGAAGUUCAACCAAUACCUGAAGUAAAUGCAGUCUCUAAUGGUAUGUUUAUUACAUUCCAUUUAGAUCUGAAUAUCGUUUAAUUUUUUUUUUGUAAUUUUAUAUGAGUUAUGUUUGUGAAAUCAAACCAAAAAUUUUAUAUUGAAAAAUCUAACAUUUAUAAUGCUUUAUGAAACCAAAAAUUACAUUAUUGGCGAUGGGUAAAUUGGUAUAAAUUACUUUGUGUUUGAAUUGUAAAUGCUAGAACUUUUGCAUGUUGAUUUGACAAUCAUUAAGUAAUAUAUGUUGAUACAGUGAAACCUGUGUAAGUUGACCACUUGCAGUGCAGUACUUUGGUGGUCAGCUUAGGCAGGUGGUCAACUUAUAAAGGGGGUAAUGAUUUUUUUUUAAUCAC